AUGGAUGACAGUGAGACGUCCGUCACGGACCUGUCGGUCUCACCGGAGUCGGUGGCGAUUGCCGUCGGUGGAGGGGGUGUUGGCGGUAUGCAAAUAUGCCCAUCUAUCAUGCUGGGUAGUACCCAGUUUAUUCGUUCAGCGCUGCUUAUCGGUGUACCAUCAGAGAACAUUUCUGGUUCUGCAGUAUCCGGAGCAGCACCACCAAUCUUGCUGUCUCCUUCCAAUGACAAACGGCCGUUACCAGCCGUGAUCUUUGCAGGAGCCUCACUGAUGGCUCUUGGGGAACUGCUCGUCUACGUUGAGAAUGGGAUUCCCAUAAUUGUACUACAGGACAGUUGCGAACUCUGCGUGGUCCUGCACAGCGCUUACCUGCUCUAUCGAUCGGCGCAGUUCGAACAUUCGAAGUUCGUCACCUGGCUGGAAGAGCAACUCGAUGCGAUCGCGAUUGGAGAUGUGGCAACAGCCACGAUCACGGCAGUGAAGAUAUUCGCCACUGCGUUUGGUGACACUCAGCUCAUUGAUUGCCGUCCUUUACCAUCGCGAAUCAUCGAACUUUGCCUGCAAUGUCACAGUGGAUCAACAGAAGCCCGUCAACUUUUGCAACUGGCCACCCACAUCAAUGAGCCAUCAAUACUGAAUGGAAUGGAUCUUGAAGAACUGCUUGACGAUGAG